AUGGACCAUCAGCAUCCCCAGGCCCGCGGGCGAUCGCCCUCGGCCACAUCUCCCGGUGGGGGUAUAAGGAAAGCCCCGUCGCCGUCGCCUGCCCGCUUCCCUAAUCCGAAUGAAGCUGGUGCCUCCUCUAUCGGUCUCGGUGUCGGCCUUGUUGACCCUUCCAUCCAGCAGUUCUCCGUGGCCCAGCCCGACUUUGCGGCUUAUGACAGCAACGCCGCCAGCUUCCUGAACAGCCAGCAAUCUACCCCCCAGCCCUUCACCCAGCCCGGCCUGGCGAACCCAUCCACUAUCCCGAGUUUUGACUUGACGCAGGACUUUGGUGGUCAGAUCAGGCCAGCUUCCCCAUUUGACGCUCCGAGCCCGGGCACCUUCCCGCCGCAUUCUCAGCAGCAACAGCAGCCCAAUCUCUUCGCGCCAUCCUUUGGCGACGCCGACUUCACCAUCUUCCCGCCUGCCCCUGGCGAGCCGCAGUUCAACGCACCGCUGUUUGGCACCGACAGCCAGCAGCAACUCUCCGCCCCCGAGCCCAACAUGAUGGCGCAGGCAAAUCAUACCCCUACCCCUCCUCACCUCCUGAACCCCGAUCCGCAGCAACCCGGUUCCGCCCAGCACUCCCCCCGCUUCAGCCAGCAUCAGUUCUCUCCGCCGCUCGGAAGGCACUCGAGAAAUGUGUCUCUUGGUCCAGAGGCGGCCCUGCUGCCGGGGCAAAUAGACUGGACGCACGCCGGCCCCCAGUUCCAAGGCCACCGGCGAAGCGCUUCAGAGUACUCGGACGUUUCAUCGGCUGCGCCGUCUCCCCAUCUCGUCAGCUCAGAUACCUUUGAUCAUUUCGAUCAGAGCCAUUCUCCCAUGCAGCGACCACAAGAUGCCGGGCUGUUUGACGAGCUGCACGGAAUAACAAACUUCAGCAUCUCCGGCACGGGUACGCACACUCCCAGCCAUGGAGCGAGGAGCCCCUCGCACAGCCCUGCCAUCUCGCCGCGCAUACUGCCCCAACAGAUGCCCGAAAUCGGCCAGCAGGGCAACUUCAUGCUGCAGACACAGAAUAACGGCUUCGGCCCGUCGUCGUAUUUGCAAGGCCCUCCUCAAGAGGCAUUCCCGCAACUGCCGCAAGAGUCUCCGGAGCAACAGCAGGGAAUGCCGGCCCCACCAUCCAUAAACAUUGAUUUUGCUCCCACUGCUGUGAACAGCGGCUUGCAGCCACCAAAAAGCCUAGACGUGGAUUCAUUGACACCACCAGAGCGAGGGCGCCCGAGGAUACAGCGACCCCGCGCGGUUACGGACCCGUACAACAGCAGCGGCGCGCUCCUGGGCGUCCACCGCAGUGCUUCGGCCGCUGGUGGUCUCUCGCCUGACUCGGCCGCCAGCGCCCGGUCCGAGUCGUCCCGCUCUCUCUCUCCCCUGGACCGCGCGAGCAGCACGGCGUCGGCGAGCAGGAGACGGCAGUCUACGUCGGCCGUGCCCAACAACGUUAUGGCGCUCCGCCUCGUGGACCCGGACUACAACGGCGGCGCCCAGGGCGAGGGCGGCGGCGGCGGCGGCACAAAACGCGUGCAGAAGCACCCCGCCACGUUCCAGUGCACACUCUGUCCGAAACGGUUCACGCGCGCGUACAAUCUGCGGUCGCACCUCCGCACGCACACCGACGAGAGGCCGUUUGUGUGCACCGUGUGCGGCAAGGCCUUUGCGCGCCAGCAUGACCGCAAGCGGCACGAGGGGCUUCACUCGGGCGAGAAGAAGUUUGUCUGUAAGGGAGACCUGAAAAGGGGCGGGCAGUGGGGCUGCGGUCGUAGGUUUGCCCGCGCCGAUGCGCUCGGCCGGCAUUUUCGGUCUGAGGCCGGCCGCAUAUGCAUCAAGCCGUUGCUGGACGAGGAGAUUUCGGAAAGAAUGCGGCAGUGGGACGAGGAUCAGAGGCAGCAGGCCAUGGCCCAGGGGUUGGGGUUCCAGUCCUCUGGUGGCGUGAUGCUGCCGCCCGGCAUGGACCCCAACGCGCCAGGCGGGUACCCGAUGGACGCCAGCGGGAAUAUCAUUGCCCUGCCGCAGGCGCUGCUGGCGCAGUAUCCUGCCCUGGCGCAGAUGAACUGGUCGGCGGCCGACAUGGGAGGCGGCAGCGGCAUGGAGGAUGACCUGAGCGGCAGAAGUAGUUUUGAUGCGAGCGACUACGAUGAUGCGGACGACGGGGGUUAUGUUAGUGGGCCGGGGACCGGGUUUGGCCCGGGAGGGAUGCAGGAGGGUUUUGGCGAGAUGGGCUACGCUAGUGACUAUGGCGGGCGCUGA